ACAUUUGGCGAAACGUCAAGUUGUGAGGUGUUUUGUUGGAAAUAAACAAUUUUUAGUGUAAUUACUUGAGGCACUUAGCAUAAAACAACGACUUUACAAGUGUAACGUUUCCUUUUAUCGUUUUGUGAUAAUAAGAACAAUAUGUCGGCCAAAAACAAUGUUUCGGUGGAUGCCCGCCAAGAGUUAGCAGAACUUGUUAAAAGAAAAGCAGAAAUUGCGGAGACGUUAGCAAAUCUCGAGCGCCAAAUUUACGCGUUUGAAGGUUCCUAUUUAGAAGACACUCAGUUGUAUGGAAAUAUAAUUCGAGGCUGGGAUCGGUAUUUAUCGAGUAACAAAACAACAAACUCUAAGGCUGAUAAAAGAAAUAGGAAAUUUAAAGAAGCCGAACGUCUGUUUUCUAAAUCGUCCAUAACCUCAAUGGCUGCGGUUAGUGGAAUUGUUGACCAAAAUCAGGAGAAAAUGGAGCCGCACAGCGAUACUGAAUCUCAAACUAAUGGAGAUUCUAGUGAUACUAACUUAGGUCCUAAUUCGAACCAUAUAGAUUCUGGGAUGAAAAAUGCAGGAAAACACUCGACGAAUUCCUUGAAUGGUGUACAGAACGGGCUUGACCAUCGAAAUAGCCCCAAUAGAGACGUUUCGGCCAAACAGAAAAGUUUCAGUGCAAGUGCUAAAAAAACUAAUAAUAAGAAAGCUAGACACAGAUGACUUUUUGUGCUGUUUUCUCAACCUAUUUGUGUGUGUUUACAGUUUUAAGGUUUUUCAAUUGUGAGUUUGGAAUCUAAGUACCUGCAUAUUGAAAUUGUACACUUUUUACCGAUGUAAUUGUUUGGAACAAUAAAUAAAAUUAUUCAGCAAUUAAA